UCCUUGAGAGUAGUACCGGAAAACUACAAAGAAUAAGUGAGCUGCAUCCAGCUUAUUUGCCCUUACAAUAUCCAUUGUUGUUUCCCUUUGGUGAGGAUGGUUUUAGAUUGGGCAUAGACAUCGGCUUCCUAGAUAAGAAAGGGAGGAAAAGGAAAACGAUAACCAUGCGUGAGUUUUUUGCGUUUCGUAUACAAGAGAGGUUUGGUGAAUCUCCGAUCAUUUUAAUGUCUGGAAGAUUGUUUCAACAGUUUUUAGUUGAUGCAUACACUAUGAUAGAAUCAAAUAGACUUCGCUACAUUUGGUUAAAUCAAAAGAAUCUUCGAUCUGAACACUAUGAUAAGAUCGUUGAUGCUGUGGCCAAAGGAAAAGGUGAUCUAUCUGAACAGGGUAAGCGGAUCUACAUACCAUCUUCGUUUACAGGUGGUAAAAGGUACAUGAUGCAACACUACUUGGACGCUAUGGCCACUUGCAAGUAUUAUGGUUACCCAGAUUUUUUUAUAACAAUAACUUGUAAUCCCAAGUGGCCAGAGAUAACACGAUAUCUGCAGAAACAUGAUUUGAAAACAGAAGAUCGUCCGGAUAUAUGUUGUCGUGUUUUUAAGAUGAAGCUUGAUAAUCUGGUUGAUUAUUUGAUGACCGGAACAGUCUUAGGUGAAAUCAAUUCGGGUAAGUGUUUGAAGUAAUUAUUAUUUUAGUUGUCAUAAUUAUCAUUUACUUUCGUCAAACUUUAGCUUUCCUUUUUUUUUUGAAGACUCCUUUGUUUUUUUUUUGUUUAUAGUAAUGUAUACAAUCGAGUUUCAGAAGCGAGGUUUGCCGCAUGCUCAUAUGGUAGUCUUCUUGAAACCAGAAUCUAAGUUGCCGACAGGAGAUGACAUUGAUCGGUUUAUAAGUGCUGAGAUACCAGAUAAAGAGACAGAGCCGUAUUUACAUGAAAUUGUUAGUGAUUUGAUGGUACACGGUCCAUGUGGUGCUGCUAACAUAAAAAAUGUAUGCAUGCAAGAAGGCAGAUGCACCAAAUAUUUCCCAAAGUCUAAUAGCGCUAUUACAAAAAUUGAUGAUGGUGGUUAUCCAAUUUAUAGACGUCGAGAUGAUAACAGGGUCAUUAGGAAGAAGAACUUCGAUUGUGAUAACAGAUAUAUUGUUCCUUAUAACGGCAAUCUAUUGAAACGAUAUCGAGCACACAUUAACAUUGAGUGGUGUAACCAAACAAGAUCAAUUAAGUAUCUUUUCAAAUACAUCAAUAAGGGAUCAGAUUAUGUUAGAGCUACAGUUGAGAGUGAAGAUGGUAAUGAAGAAGUCGAGGACGAGGUGAAAAAAUAUUUCAGUUGCAGGUAAUAAUUUUUUUAUCUUAUUUUAAUAGACUUUAUUUUUGUCCGCUUCAUAAUUAUAUAAUGCUUAUGUGGAAGGUACAUAUCUGCGUGUGAAUCCACUUGGAGGAUUCUUGCUUUUCCUACACAAUAUCGCUCAACGCCGGUGACAAAGCUUUCCUUCCAUCUGCCUGGCCAACAGUUUCUUGUUUAUAAUGAAGAUGACCCAAUAGAGGAAGUGAUAUCUAAAUGUACUAUUAGCCAGUCUAAGUUCUUAGCUUGGAUGGAAGCAAACAGAAAAUAUCCAGAGGCACGUGAGUUGACAUAUGCUGAUUUUCCUACCAAGUUUGUUUGGGUCUUGAAAACAAAGGAAUGGAAACCACGUGAUAGAGGAUUUGCAAUAGGGAGGAUAACUUAUGUACCGCCGUCUUAUGUCCAAGCCUAUUAUUUGAGGGUUUUACUCAAUAUAGUAAAGGGUCCAAGAAGUUUCGAGGAGAUCCGAACGGUUAAGGGGAUUGUUUAUCCGUCAUUUAAAGAUGCAUGCUAUGCUUUGGGUUUGCUUGAUGAUGAUAAAGAAUAUAUUGAGGCUAUUAAGGAGGCAAGUUUAUGGGCUUCUGGGAAGUUUUUGAGAAGAUUAUUUGCUGUGAUGUUGCUCUCUAACAGCGUUGCAAUGCCAAUCGAUGUAUGGAAGGCAACAUGGGAUAUACUAACCGAGGAUAUUCUUAUAAGGAAAAAAAGAAAAGCAAAGAAUCCAAGUAUGUUAUAUAUUCUUUUAUUAUCUUAUUACGUAGACCCUUGCAUCUGCAAAUAAAUCUCUAUUUUAACAUUAUUUUGUGUUAAAAACUGCAGAUUUCACACUAUCCAAUGACCAGCUGAAGAAUAUUGGUUUGGCUAAGAUAGAGAAAUAUCUGCGUAGGAAUAAUAAUUCUCUGUCUAACUUUGAGAAUGCUCCUGUGCUAGAUGAAGAAGCUAUUGAUAAAGAUAAAAAUCAUCUUAUAUUAGUUGAAAAAAGCUACGAUCGGGAAAAGUUAAAAGAACUACAUACCAAACUGAUGUCCACUGUGACUGACGAGCAGAAGCGAGUCUAUGAGACAAUCAUUACAGCAGUUGAGAGUGGUGUUGGUGGUAUGUUUUUCCUUUACGGUUUUGGCGGUACCGGUAAAACCUUUUUGUGGAGUCUUUUGGGAGCUGCUCUUCGAUCAAUUGGUAUGAUUGUUCUAAAUGUUGCAUCGAGUGGUAUUGCAUCGUUGUUGUUACAGGGAGGGAGGACAGCUCAUUCUAGAUUUGGGAUACCAAUUGCUGUUAAUGAAUAUACAACUUGCAAUAUCAGUGCGGGAUCACAUCAAGCAGAACUAAUCAAAGAAGCUAGCCUCAUUAUUUGGGAUGAGGCUCCGAUGAUGAGUAAGUACUGUUUCGAAACACUAGACCGGACUAUGCGUGAUAUUCUUAAAUGUGACAAGGUGUUUGGAGGUAAAGUUGUUGUCUUGGGAGGAGACUUUAGGCAGAUUUUACCAAUUAUCGUCAAUGGUGGUAGAGUUGAAACUGUUUUAUCUUCCAUAACCUCUUCCUAUCUAUGGCCUAGCUGUAAGGUUUUAGAGCUGACAAAAAAUAUGAGGCUUACAAGAGAUGUAGAUGGUGAUCGAUCGAGGGAAAUUGAAGCUUUCUCUAAAUGGAUUCUCGACAUAGGGAAUGGGAAGAUAAACGAGCCAAAUUCUGGAGAAGUGGAAAUAGAUAUACCUGAGGAUUUACUGAUAACUCAAUGUGAGAACCCAGUGGAGGAGAUUGUAAAAGACGUAUACGGUAUUAGUUUUCCCAACGAGCGCAACCCAAAAUUUUACCAAGGAAGAGCGAUACUGAGUCCAAGAAAUAUGGACGUUGACACAAUUAAUGACUAUAUGUUAUCACAGCUACCAGGUAACUUUAACAUAAUUUUCCAGAAAGUGAAUGUAUUAUUACUAAAAUAAUGUUCAUGUUCUGUGUUAUGCUUAUUAUUUUUUGGUAUUCAUGCGUUAGGUGACGAGGAAACUUAUCUAAGCUCUGAUAGUAUUGAUACAUCAGACACAAGCAAAAUAGACAAUAUGGUUUAUACUCAGGAGUAUUUGAAUAGCAUUAAAGUUUCAGGAUUGCCUAAUCAUGUUCUGAAACUAAAGAUUGGUACUCCUAUAAUGUUGCUUCGAAAUAUUGAUCCUAUCGGUGGUUUGUGUAAUGGAACAAGACUGUUGGUGACUCAAAUUGCCAAACAUGUUAUCCAAGCUAGACUUAUAACAGGAAAUAAUGUUGGUGAGAAAGUCCUCAUACCAAGAAUGUUUGUUUCUCCUCCUGAAGCAAGAUUCCCGUUUAGAAUGAGACGUAGACAGUUCCCUAUUGCUGUUGCUUUUGCAAUGACAAUAAAUAAAAGUCAAGGCCAGACUUUGCAAAGAGUUGGAUUGUUUUUGCCAAAACCAGUUUUCUCACAUGGUCAGUUGUAUGUUGCUGUUUCCAGGGUAACGUCAAGAGAUGGAUUAAGAAUUUUGAUCACAGAUGAGAAGGGAAUACCACAGAAAAAGACCUUAAAUGUCGUUUAUAAGGAGAUCUUUCAAAGUGUUGAAUUGUCAGACUGAUACUACUCAUCGCUUUUAUGCUUCUGUUUUAUAUUACAAGAGUCUGGUUUUGUUUUAGAGUUAACUCGGUUUUUCUUUUUGCCUAUGGCUUCUUUUUUGUAUUACAAUAUAUGAUCUGAUUUAGUUUUCGAGUAAAGUUAGUUUGUUUGGCUUUACGCUUCUCUUUUUUAUAUUACAAUUGUCUAUGUUUAUUAUUUACGAGUGAUUUUGUUUUGUAAUUGAGUUUUUAGUUUAUUUUCAUAAUAUGAAAAUAUUUGGUGUAUGAUCGAA